AUGGCAACUGAGAUUGCGAUUGGUGCUGGGAAUACAAACCCCACAUCUACAUCUGUCAUAAUUUCAACACCAGUGGUUACUCCUGUGGUUACUUCAUUGCCCACCACUGUCCCCAUAAACCACAAUGAAAAGCCGAAAAAAUUGAAUGGGACAGAGUUUAAGAGAUGGCAGCAGAAAAUACUGUUUUAUCUUACAACUUUGAAUUUGGCAAGAUUUAUCAAAGAGAACGCUCUCGCCUUGAGCGAGGAUGAAACUGAUAGGCAAGCAAUUGCUACAGUUGAGGCGUGGAAGCAUUCUGAUUUUUUGUGCCGAAACUAUAUUUUGAAUGGAUUGGACAACACGUUGUAUAACGUGUAUAGUCCAUUACAAACGGCUAGAGAAUUGUGGGAAUCCUUGGACAAGAAGUAUAAAACGGAAGAUGCGGGAAUUAAGAAAUAUGUGGUUGGCCGUUUUCUUGAGUAUAUGAUGGUGGACUCAAAGACCGUAAUUAGUCAAGUGCAAGAGCUUCAGUUGGUUUUGCAUGAAAUUCAUGCAGAAGGAAUGAGUUUAAGCAAGUUUUUCCAAGUAGCAGCAAUCAUUGAGAAACUACCACCGUCUUGGAAAGAGUUCAAGAACUAUCUGAAGCACAAACGUAAGGAUAUGAAGUUAGAGGACUUGAUUGUUCGGUUACGGAUUGAGGAAGAUAACCAUGAGGCAGAAAAGAAAAGAAAUCCGGGAUUUGUUUUCAAAGCCAAGGCUAACAUAUCGGAGCACGGACAAAAAGAGAAAAAAAGAGAAAAAAAAGACAGCGUCUUAAGCAAAACUCUAAACAAACUGCUAGUCAGAGUUUUGAGAUUAGAUCUAUAA